AGAAACCACGUGUCGCCUUCCCACUGGUGACAGAAAGAGACAAUCGCCACGAAGAACGUGUAAUAAAGCCACGGCUUCUCCUUCUGACCGAAGCUCUAGACGAGGACGUUUGUCCCUUUCCUUUUCUUUUUUCAAGCUCUGUAUAAGCAUGCUUAUCAAUUUCCAAAAAUUUGAAUUUUGGACGAAGCCAUGAAGCGAGAUCUCAGCCCGACCUCCCUCCGGAACGGCGGAGGUGAGCAUCAGGACCGACCAGAGGAUGGAGCAGAGAACCCAGAGAGCAAGACGUUCUUGAACAGUCUCCUCUCCGCCAUCGUCCCCGAAAAGGCACCGCCAGCAACAACGGCGGAUGAAGCCGGCGGUGGACACGACGACGCCGCAGACGGGGGUCGCGAGGUCGGCGAAGAAAGCGGCGGCGGCGGCGGCGGGAUCAUCGGUCACUUGAUCUCGGACCUGGUCUCUCCGGGGAGCCCCGAGGCGGGGCAGUCGUCGGGUAAGAGGAAAGCUGGAGGCUUGGACGUCGAGGACGGCGGAAGAGGCGGCGAGCUCGGUGGGAUUUCGAGGCCGAGGAGUGAUGGCGAAAGUGAAGCUGGUGGUGGUGGUGGUGGUGGUGGCGUGAUGAGCAGUCUUCUCUCGAGCUUCUUUCACUCAAGUGAAGAGGGAGGAGGAGCUGAUGCUGCUGCCGGAGAUGUUGAGAUAGAGGGACAUCGGGCGACUGAAGGAGGCGAGAAGACGGCGGCGAAGUCGGAGGCUGAAGAGGUCGGCGGCGGGGGCAUCAUCGAGAAUAUCGUCUCUCACCUGCCUCCGUCUAUUCUAGAGGUUGCAAGUCCGACUACUGACGAGGCUUCUAUUCUGAUUCACUCCAUCGUUCGAGAUUGAGAAGCCAAUUUUGAAUCUGGGAUUCAAAUUUUUUUUUUUUUUUUUGGGAUCCACGGGAGUAACCCUUUUUUUUUCCUUGAUGUUCUUGUAAUUUAGGGCCAAAAAUUGGGCAAACUUCAUUGGGUUGAUGAUUUCUUUGUUCGUUUGAUGAUUUUUAAGGAUGUUGUGCUAAUUGAAGUGUACAUUUCUUUACUGAGUGGAGGGAUACACCAAACAGA